AUGGACCCAACUGCCCCACGGGGUAAGACCCCAUCUCAAAGUAAGUCGUCCAAGGUGAAAAGUGCUUGUGAUUUAUGUCGGUUGAGAAAGAUCCGCUGCGACAGGGCAACUCCCGCCUGCGAAACCUGUACCCUGGCAUUUCUCCCAUGCACAUUCACCCCACCAUCGACACAGAACCGGAAGGGGCUCCGACAGGAAUUGGUUGACAGCCAGGCCCGCAUUCAGCAACUGGAAGAUUCUUUAGCCGCUCUUCAGAAGUCAGCUCAGUCUACCCCUGGCAGGAGUGACGAACCAACCGGCGGCAUAAUUUCCGCGCCGGCUUUACUAAGCAGCAGCACCUCGCCUGCCUCUCACAGUCUGGUACCCUGUGACUCCGUACCAAUUGGGCUUGUGACGGACACACAUUGUCUUGAUACAGCCCUUGCGUCAUUUAAAUGGCAUAUGGCAUAUUGUGGGCUCGGAAAGUCGCUUUCAACGACAAGAGCAGCAUUCUACUCGAGUAUCUAUCAGCGGACAGGGUAUACUUUUGAUCUCGACGACUUUCUCAACGAAUUGGCUCAACCACUCAUCGCGCAAGGCCUCGAAGGGGCGAGGAGAUCAAAGACUGUGAAAUGGCCACCACUAUCCCUGGUCCAGCAAUGUGUGAAGUACUAUGCAAAGUGCGGGCUUUACACUCUAUUUCCGUUCGCAGAUUCCGCGGCUCUACAAGUCCUCGUCAAUGCCGACGUCCUCAAUCGUCCUGAAACAUCCCGGGCAGCCAAUCGAGCUUGUCUAGCUGCGUUUACAGCAAACAUCACGCAGAUGCAUCGUCACGAUCCACAAUUCCGUGAUACCGACCCCGACGCCUAUGCACAUGCGGCAUUGACACUACUUCCUGCUAUGCUAACAGAACCGCCUGAUCUCAGGACUCUAGAGGCUAUCAUGAUGCUGAAAUUCAUUGCUCACACAUUACAGGCAAUAUUCAUCUGUCCCCUUGGCCAACCCCAAUACGCAGAGAUGCUCCUUGGUAUGGCCGUCCAGGUCCUCUAUAACCUAGGAGGCCACAAAGUCCGCCCUCAGCAAAACAAUCAUCUCCGAGUCAUGUUCUGGAUAGUUUACGGCAUGGACCGCGAAUUUGCGACUCGCAAGUCACAACCGCCUCUCAUCAACGAUGCCGAGUGUGACCUGGAUCUACCCGCAGCAUACGCACGCAAGCCAUCGGAACAUCACAUCUUCUGGAGACCACUUUCUUCAAUCAAGGAGCUUCUCUAUCCAUCCGAUCUGCGUCUUUCAUUGAUUAAAUCUCGGAUUCAUAAACUUCUAUAUUCCGUCCAAAGUCAGGAGUACUCAGAGGCGAAACGACUGCAACACAUCCGAGAACUCGAUCAUCAAUUGAGUGACCUGAAAGCGGAAUAUCCAGUGGAGUGUCGACCAGAUGCAUUCGCAACAGAAAGCGCACCAGACUAUCUGUUUCAUGAUCUGAGUAUUCGCGGCGUCAGUGUCCACUUGGAGUAUUACUACUGCCUUGGUAAGAUCCAUGGUGCGAGCAACACGGCUCAAAUUCCCUCGUCAAAAAGCCUCUCGCCACUCCCUUCUAGCUCGGAGAUAUGCUAUGAGGCAGCGAGGUCGACACUGAUUUACCUCGGCCGUGUGAGGCAUUACAUCAACUAUCAUACAUUCUGGAUCCACGCCCAGUUCGUCUUAACUGCCGUCCUCACACUCUUCCGCUUCCUCAUCACCCUCCCCACCGCACCAACAUUCACACGCGACAUCCAAAUCCUCGAACAAACAGCCAGUAUCUUUGCACCAGCCCGCCAAACAGACGAAGACGGCAACUUCUUUCCGCCUUUCCACUUUACGCACGAAUUGAUCAUGAAAUUUGCCUACCUGGCAAAACAGGCACAUAUCAAAGCUAUAGAAGAGUGA